AUGUCUUCCUCCAAUAUCACUCGGUGCAUUUGUAGAAGCGGUUUUCAAUCUCACUUUAUUACUCGUCAAGUCUUAUUCAUUCAGCCACCAAAAUUUGUGUUGAAAAACCCAAGACCUGACUUGUUUCAAUCAUCGUUUUCGAAAACUUUUAAAAGUCCUGCUCCUAAUAAAUCUGAGAAAUCAAAGUCUGUCUUCCUCGCUUGGAAGAGUAAAUGGAUUCCAGUACGAACCUAUUUAGGUUCCAUCAACUGGAAAAAGACUCGAAUUAAUAGGAAAGGGCUGUGGAGACUUUUGUGGAGUGUCAGUGCGGUCUUCCUGGCAGGGGACCUUAUUUACCUUGGGCGGGUGAACCAAUCUAAUGAGCGACGCGUCAAUAACACCUUUGGAAAAAGGCACUCAACCGAAGACGGAACGGCGGAUAAUGAACUCAUUCUUCGGCCUGAAAUUACAGAGUAUCUCAAGAAAAUUUUUCAGCCAGUUCAAAAUCAUUCGUAUUACCAUGUUUUUUGUGGUGAAUACGGAACCGGGAAGACAAUAUUGACUACGAAGGUGGCAAGAGAAAUUGGGAAAGGCGUCAUAUAUGUUGAUACUUCUGCCGACAUUGAAGAAUUUGGAAAUUCGUUUGGAAAAGCUCUUAAUCUUAUAUUUGAUGAAGAUGUAGUGUUAACAUUACGACUGAAACGAAAUUUUUUGGCGAUACCAAGGGUGAACGAAUUUGAUCAAAAAUGGAAGAGAGCUCUUAGAGCUUUUAGGAAAGCCUUUGAAGCGUAUAAAGCGAAGCAUGGCCAACCACCGGUUAUUGUUUAUGACAACAUCAGCAAAAUAGUUAAUAAGAACCCAAGAAUUCUUGAUAUUCUUCAAGAUGACGCUAAAAAGAGUGCCGAUAGCAGAAAAUAUAUUGCCGUAUUUGUCAGUAGCAAAUGCUCGGUUCCUCGAAGAAUGGAAUCUCGUAGUGCUUGGUCGCGUGCAUACAAACCUGUUAUAGAAAUCGGAGACCUUAGCGAAAAAGAAUCAAUGGAAUAUCGAAUCAACAAGCGAAAUAUCAAUUCUAUAGAUGAAAAAAAACUAUAUGAUUUAGUAGGUGGACGCAUCGUAGAACUGAAGGUGACGGCUGAUAAAUUACUGGCUGGACAAUCCUUCGAAGUCAUUAAACAGUCAACCCUAACUGAAAUCAAGAAGAAAUUCGAUUCUGCAAAACUCCUUCGAAAUCAAUCAAAUCACAAAUCAGGAAAGCGUGUCAUCCAUGCGCUGCUUGAUUCGGGGUAA